AGUACGCCGCAACUUAAUCGAUUGUCUUAAUCAUUGUUGGACGUCGGGGGCUAAUGACCCCGAGUUCGAGGUCGACAUUGGUUGAUUACAGUGGACGCACAUAGUAGUAGUCCGGCAAAGUUGCAUGCUGGACCAGGUACGUGGCAAGUUUACUUUGUGCAACUAAGAAUCUUACAUGGAUUUGCUUCUCCGUAACUGACCUCGUUUGAAUUAUGCGGAUAUUUGAUAACUGUGCCUAUUAUCGAACGUCGAUCAAGAGAUCUCUUCUCAGCCAAACAUUCGCCAUUAUCUGAACGGUCCAUUUCUGCUACUAGUAGACGUAAUGAUAAUUCCCCUUAUUCUCUGACUUAAGGCUGAACUACUGUACUAAUGAUCAUUGUAACCUUCAUAGUUGUCUCUCAUGCAGACGUCAUGCGCCUUGUUAUCUAUCAGGUGUGAUCCCUCCAGGUCACCUUGAUUACCCCUGAUUCCGCGAAGGGACCGUAACGUUCUCGAACGAUGGAGACCAGGUUCCUAUCUAAGCAGGGACAUCUAUCGCGCUGACAGAUAGGAUCUGUAUUCAAUGAAGAUUGACGGAACCGUUGGCAGCUUAGGGUGUUUCCGCACUACUAGAACACCACCGACAUCGUUGUCUGAGUAUUUGUCUCCGCUUUCAGUCCGCAACCUUUUCGGACCAAUUUUAAUGAUACAACACAUGACAACUAAAACAGUUCGAGGCCUCCGGAUAUGUUUUUCUGACAGAGUAUAAAGCCUGUCAACAAUCGAAGGCGGUGGUAUAGGUCUUCAAGGAGCACCACUGUCAUAUCGCCAUGCUUGCCGAACAAACUAAAUCUAACGAGAGUCGUUAUAUCGUUCGUCCUACUUUGCCUACACGUUGUGAAGGACAGGAUGCGCUGUUGUACCCUCCGACAGAUACCUUAGUAUUGUCUUUCACUAUGCACGGUGCAUGGGUUCUUCCAACCUCCAUCGACAUUCAACGCUACAUGGCUGCUCUUUCGAACACUCUCAGUAUAUUCGCACCCGUUGCUGGCCGAUUAUGCAAGAAACCCGAUACUGAGAAAGGGAAGGGGGAUAUUUUCCUCAAGUUAAAUAAUGCUGGAGUCCCUGUCUCCGUUGUCAACGACUAUCACACUGAGCGUUUCCCUAUGGAAACCGUCUUGGUUUCCCCGGAGGACUUCGAGCCCUGGAUUGACCCGAUACCAUUUACCGACGUCAUCGACCACGAUGAGCCGUUGGUGAGAAUACGCUUCACAAAAUUGCACAAGACGGGACAGAUGAUUUACACUAUCUGCUGGCUUCAUGCUCUAGGUGACGGGUACAUUGGAAAUCUCUUCACCACCUACAUUGCUCACUUCUAUCGUGGCGCGAACAUCUCCAAUUUGCCUAUACCUUCGUAUACCAAAGUAUUCCUUCCGCCGCCACCUGCAGACCCUGCGAUCGCGGAGAAAUUCCUUCCCUUGAUGAAGCAUCUUCGUGAUGCCAAAUCACCGGAAGAACUCAUUCCUUUGAUAUUGCAAAGUGAAGAGCGCACAACCCCCGUUCAUAUCUCUUUCACUUCAGCGCAAAUCCAAACCUUGACGAAACGCGCGACAGCUGGGGUACCUGGAUCCGCUGUUGCCAAGCUUUCUCGAGUGGACGUCCUUGUCGCGUAUUUGAUAUUGCAGCACAAUCAAGUGGUAUCAGAGCUUCACCCUGAUCAAGAGCUCAUUGAUACAGUCGUCAAUACCAUUGACUAUCGUGGGAACCCUGCAUUUGCGCCUCCAGUCAUGUUUGGGAAUGCUGCCAUUACUCUCACCUGUCCUUCAUUCAGUCUUCCCUCACUACCUCCGAAUGCUGGCCCAAGGGAUCACGAGCUCCACUUCGAUCGCUGCCUUGCCGCAAUUGCGCUCAGCAUCAGAGCAGGCACACUUCAAGCGCGUAACCCCGAAUUCCUUGGAACGUAUUUGUCCUUUCAUAACGCUCUUUGCCGGAAGUGUUAUCAGGAAGGCCUCUACCAAAACCUUCUACCCGCUUCGGAUAGGGAGAUCACAUUCAAUUCCAGCCACCUUGUCGACUGGAGAAAGGGCGGUGACCUUUUUGACCCUGAUUCCGAGUUCGCAGGUAUCCGUUACAUUCAGUUCCAUUCCAGUGCGCUGUUUGAGCGAUACAUCCGGGUUUUCCGUACGAAUCCCGCUUAUAUCGUGGCAGAUGACGGUACAGGUGGUUAUUGGGACAUGUCAUUGAACGACGGUUUGGAAGCCGCAUUCCGCUUGGACUCCUCCAUUGCGGAGAGGUUCGUAGCUAGGACCAAAGAGGAUACCAAACGAGGUUUUUCUCGUGUUUUCUCAAAUCUCUGAUCUGUCGACUAGUUCGUACCCUAUUGCAAUACGCUCUCCUUAUCUUUGAGUCUUCAUAGGCUCUGCACUUCUGGCUCUAGUAAUAUCUAUGUGUUGAAUAACAUCUCAUCUCUAUGCUUUUGCGUUGUUGAUUCCGCUCAACGUUGUCCUUUCUCUUCUCUGCUAUAACGAUUUGAUUGGCAUAAAUCCGAAUCAUCGAAGCCGAGCUUACCGCCUGAAGCUUCUUUCGAGUUGAUCAACUGC